UCUAGGCGUUCACCACCAUGUAUAACAUGAUCCCCGCCCUGCUAGUUCUCGCCGGACUCAUCACCGGGGUGCGUGCGGCAGCACCUCCUCCGGUGCCGGUGCCGGUGCCGCCGAAGGUUCCCGCAGCUCCCCCGGCUGCUGCCGGGCCGCUCAAGUACCCCGCAAUCCUUGCUUUCGGUGACUCGAUUAUAGACACAGGUAACAACAACUAUAUCAGGACAAUCGUUAGGGCCAACUUCCCGCCCUACGGCAGGGACUUCCCCGGUCACAAGGCCACCGGCCGGUUCUCGGACGGUAGGAUCAGUGUUGACUUCCUAGCGGCGGCACUUGGUGUGAAGGAGAAUGUCCCGCCGUACCUGAAGAAGGACCUCACCCUCGACGACCUCAAGACCGGUGUCAGCUUCGCAUCGGCCGGGAGCGGCUACGAUAACGCCACCUGCAGGACCAUGUCGGCGCUGACGAUGGAGCAGCAGCUGAAGAUGUUCCUGGAGUACAAGGCCAAGGUGGGGACUAUCCCGAACCAGGCCCUCUACCUCCUCGUGUGGGGCAGCAACGACGUCGUGGAGCACUUCACCUUCGGAGACCCCAUGUCGGUGGAGCAGUACAGCGACUUGAUGUCCCAGCGUGCCAUCACCUUCAUCCAGACACUCAUCAGCCUCGGCGCCAAGAGGAUCGCCCUGACGGGGGCGCCGCCAGUCGGCUGCGUGCCGUCGCAGCGCAUUCUCUCUGGCGGGAUCCGGCGGCAGUGCUCCCCGGAUCGUAACCAGCUAGCGAGCAUGUUCAACAACAAGAUCAAGGGCAAGAUGGCCACGCUCGGCGCCAAGCUCCCUGGCGUCACGCUCACAUUCAUCGACCUCUACGCCAUCUUUGAGGACGUGAUCCACCGGCACGAGGCGCUCGGGUUCAAGAAUGCCAGGGACUCGUGCUGCGGUUUCAUUGGGCUGGCGGUGGCCGUGCUCUGCAACUUCGCCAGCCCGGUCUGCGCCGAACCCGCCAAAUACGUCUUCUGGGACAGCUACCACCCCAGCUCCAGUGCCUACAAGGUCAUCAUCGACUUGGUCGUCGAAAAAUACUUCAGAUAGAAUGAACUAGCAGCUAACUAUGAGUGGUAGAGGACCAAGGGGGAAAGGAGGAAAAAUAAAAGGAAGAACGCAGGAUUUUGACCAACAAUCAGUAAGGGGUUGACACGUGUCGCAAAAAUAAAAGGAGGAAAAAUCUGGGACUGACCAACAAUCAGUCCACAGAUUUUGUUUUCAGUUUAGGUCGAAUUUUUUGCCCAAUAAGGGGUUGACACGUGUCGCUGAUAUUUGAGCUGCUGUAUGCAACAAAUUCGACGGAUUCGUUCGAAAGUUGCCUGGACGGCCCGUUUCCAGCGUCCACUUGCCCAUACCUACACAUCCACCCGCCCGCUGGAUUUUGCCACCCCGAACCAGGCUAACGGGCCUGGUUCAUUUUUGGAGGAAAAUAUCCGACCCAGUAACGCUCGCUAUAAAGUUUUUUUUUCUCGAAUACGCUACUAAGAGCGUAUCAUUGCAUUGAUAGAAGGGGUUAGAACAUACAGAGUGGCAUCAUGGUCACGUACACAAUAUGGCAUGCCCACGAUACAAAGGGAGUAUGAGAUGGGUUGCUCAGCCCAGACAACCUAGGCUACGUUGCAGGGAUGAUGUUGUUGAGUCCUUUGACUCCUGCGAGGGACCAGGAGCGGGCAUCGUCCAUGAUCAACGUCAGGAGGGAGGCGGAGGAGGGCGCAAUCUUGUCGAAAAUGGUCGCCAUAAAGUUCUCUCUCUCUCAAAAAAAAUAAGGCCACAAAGUGAACAGCAC